AGACUUUGAUUCUCUCUCCAAGGAUGACGUCUAUGAGAAUAACCGCUUGGCCUUUGAAUUGGCAGAGCGGGAGCUGGGCAUCCCAGCCCUGCUAGAUCCCAAUGACAUGGUCUCCAUGAAAGUCCCCGACUGCCUCAGCAUCAUGACUUACGUGUCUCAGUAUUACAACCAUUUCAACAACCCCAGCCAAGCCAGAGUCCCUCCACCUAUGAAGCGCCCGGCCGCUGCCUCUUCGCCUCCUCUGCUGUCCCACAAGAAGCCCCCGCGGGCUGGGGAGCCCCUCGUGGCCCCCAUCCUGAGCUCCCCAUGCGUUGUGUCUCAGGACGAUGCCCCUUCGGACCAUUCGGAGCGGUCCCAGCGCACCACGCUCAGCAGUACCUGCGCGGCCUGCCAGCAGCAUGUCCAUCUGGUCCAACGCUACCUGGCUGAGGGCAAGCUCUACCACCGCCAGUGCUUUAGGUGUAAGGAGUGCUCCAGCACGCUGCUCCCAGGGUCUUACAAGCCUGGGUCAGAGGCGGGGACUUUCGUCUGCACGCAGCAUCGUGGCAAAUUGGCCAUGAGUGGGAAGGCAGAGAGGAGGCCCAGCCCAGACCGACGGUCGCCAGAGCUAAGAACUGAAACUGAGGCUGGCGGCGUGGGUGAGGGUGCCCUUCCCGCAGGAGCAGAGGUGGGGAAGGACGAUGGUGACUCCCUGGAGAGCGUGGCAGAGACCCAUAUGCCUGCAGAGGGGCUAGGUGGCCCAGCGGAGAAGGACAGCACAUCCAGCAAAGCAGAGACAGUGAUGCCCCUUGCUCACGCAGGCAGCGGGGCGUCCAUCUCCCCAACUCCUCCCAGACCUCCACUUCCCAGCAAGCCUGCAGGGCUCACCCAGGACAAAGCCAGCUCGGUGGACGGACAGCUCAGAGACAUGCGGCCCACCCCCGCCCCGAGGAGGUCCACCGAUGCAUCAGCCCUCUCCCCUCCGACCUCUCACCCUGUCCCCCGGCCCAGGUCCACCCUCCAGGGCGAGAACAGCGAGUGUGGGCCUGGCAUGGUGAACGGGUACCUGAACCCAGCCCCCCUGUCCCAAAACCCCGAGGGAGACCCUGCUCCUCUGAUCGGGUCUUUGUCUUUUACGGUUUGUAAAGAGUCUGGGGGCUUCAGAAAGGCGUUUCUGACUGGAGCUGCUGCGAGAGCCAAGGACCCGCCAUGGAUGGCCUUAGUGCAAGCAGAGCCCAAGAAGAAGCCAGCUCCCCCUCCUCCCCCAGGCAGUAGCCACGAGACAUUGAGUAGGACUUCAGAGGAGGAGGAUGGGGAGGAGGCGGGGAAAGCCAGGAGCGAGGAGAGUAGGUCUGAUGCCACAGAGCCCAAACCGUACAACCCCUUUGAGGAGGAGGAUGAGGAGGAAGAGGAGAGUGCUGCUGCCCAAAAGAGCACGCCUGAGCAGGAGCAGAGCGAGACUGCUGCCAAGCCUCUCCACCCCUGGUACGGCAUCACUCCCACCAGCAGCCCAAAGGCGAAGAAGCGGCCAGCUCCGCGAGCCCCCAGUGCUUCCCCGCUAGCCCACCACCCCAUCUCCAGGCUGUCACACUCUGAGCCAUCAUCCUCUACCCCAUCUCCAGCCCUCAGCCUCGAGAGCAUCAACUCUGAGAGUUCAGCCAAGGUGCUGGGUGACACCGACGAGGCCUCAGUGCCCAAAAGCUCCUCCGAACCCACUGUCCACACGCCGACGGCCACCAAGAUCUCUAGCACCGACACGCCGCUGGCCAGCAUCUCCUCCAGCGAAAGCCCUGCUGCCCCAGCCAGCCUCUCAACCAACUCCUCCUUCUCCUCCUCCAGCGAGCUGGCCAGCUUCAGCGGGGAGGCGCAGCCCAAGCCUCCUGCUGGGGCUAGCCCUACACCCAUCCUUUUGGUUUCAGAUGGGGGUGCUGGGAGCUCUAAGACACCCUCCUCGCCCAAGCCACAGCUGAAGUCUUCCUGCAAAGAGAACCCCUUCAACCGGAAGCCAUCGCCUGCUGCCUCCCCCUCCGCAAAGAAACCUCCCAAGGGCUCCAAGCCAGUGCGUCCUCCUGCACCAGGUCACGGCUUCCCGCUGAUCAAACGCAAGGUGCAGACAGAUCAGUACAUCCCUGAGGAAGACAUCUAUGGAGAGAUGGAUGCCAUCGAGCACCAGCUGGACCAGCUGGAGCACCGUGGGGUGGCCUUGGAGGAAAAACUUCGUAGUGCUGAGAAUGACAGCCCUGAGGACAGCCUCCUGGUGGACUGGUUCAAACUCAUCCACGAGAAGCACAUGCUGGUGCGCCACGAAUCGGAGCUCAUCUACAUCUUCAAGCAGCAGAACCUGGAGCAGCGGCAGUCGGAUGUGGAGUAUGAACUGCGUUGCCUCCUCAACAAGCCAGAGAAGGACUGGACCGACGAGGACCGAGCAAGGGAGAAGGUGCUGAUGCAGGAGCUGGUGACCAUCAUUGAACAGAGGAACGCCAUUGUGAACUGCUUGGACGAGGACCGGCAGAGAGAAGAGGAGGAGGAUAAAAUGUUGGAAGCCAUGAUUAAAAGGAAAGAAUUCCACAAGGAGACGGAGACCGAGAGCAAGAAGAAAGGCAAAUUCAAGCCCAUGAAGGUGCUUAAGCUGCUGGGCAACAAGCACGACUCCAAGAGCAAGUCGCCCAAGGAGAAAAGCUAGAGCAGGGGAACACCAGGAGUGGGAGGGACGUGCUGCCCGACUGCCCUGGCCUCUCCGCAGCUGGCUGGGAUGCCUGCCAGGGAAGGGAGCUUGUCUCCCUCCACUCACCUCGCCUCUCCCCCUGCUCCCUCCCCAGGCACCGGAGCUGCUGCCCCAGGGAGAUGCCAGCCCUCUGCUUGGAGCAGGGGAGUCUGACCAAAGCACUCCCCUUCCCAAGGCUGCGGAGGAGCCU